AGGGAGAAAGGCCGGGAUCGGGUCGGAUCAUCGGUUCAACAGCGGAGAAUGCACGGAGCACCGCUGGUGUUAUUGCAUUCCGGAGUGCGAGCGGCCGAGGCUCUGCUUGCGUUCAAAAGUUUGAGAAUCGUAAAGUUUUAGUCGAGCGCGUUUUGAUUCACUCGCGGUCCGACAGUGGAGACGCGCGGUCGGCCGCGUCAGUGCGAACUAGCAAGUUGCCGAGUUGCCGAGUUAUCAGAAACAACAGGAUGUCGCCAGGCCGGGCGCCGGCAGCCAUGCUGCUGUUGCUGCUGACGACACUGAUCCUCCAUGCAAUAGCAGCAGAAGAUAUUUAUUGGGAAGGUGAAGAAGAUGCCAAGAACGAAUACUUAGAGGUGAAGGACGAAGGCCUCGACAUCGGCGUCGCACUCCGGAGACUCAAGCGACAGGCCUCCAGUUGGUUCGAUAAGUUCAACUUGAUCACUGGAGGCAGUCCAAAAGAACCGGACCCCGGUAGCAUCGACAGCCACAUCGACGAAGACACUACCGAUCGUGACGAUGAUGAGCUGGAUAACAAUUUCGGUUCUGGAGCCGUUCCCGAGAAGGAACCGGAACUUAAAGAGAAGACCUUGAGGGUGUCCUUUGUGGCCAUGGAGCCCUACCAGCAGGAGUACUCCGACCGCGACUCCAAGCAGUUCCAGAACUUGUCCAAGUCCCUGGCUGAUGCCGUCAACCUGCUCUUUGAGGAGCUGCCGGGCACCCAGCGGGCCGCCCUCGUGAGGAUACAGUCCCUAGUUUCGGACGAGUUCUCCUGCAAAGUGACCCUGGACAUCGUGACGGCUGGUUACGAGGACACUGACCGCAUCUCGGACAUGCUACGGAACCACAUUCGAGAGAAGAGGAAACUCGGCUCGGUCACUGUCAGCGACACCGACUUCAGCGCCACUUCCAUCGAUCCAGAAGCUAACCAAAACCGUGAUGCAACAGACGUGGUGCUGCCGGAGUGUCCUUCAGACGAGUUCCAGUGCGGAUCAGGGCAGUGUGUGCCGCUCACGGCCCGGUGCGACCGCUACCGACACUGCCCCGAUGGGGCUGACGAGCAAGGCUGCGAAGAUUCUUUGACAGAGAACACGUACACAACGACUGCAGCUCCCCAAAUCCCCGAAGAGAGACCUCGUGGAGACCUUGGAGAUAUUGACGGCAAUGAGACUGACAAUGGAGACGACAGCAUCAUCCAGGUCGGGGGCAACGACCUCGAGGGCGUCACGGAUGACCCGGAUGUUCCGGAGGAAUGCAGGGAACCGAUCAGCUGUGUUGGAAGCUUCCAGACUUACUGUCCAGAACGGAAAUGCGAUGGCGUCAGGGAUUGUCCUCGUGGUGAUGAUGAGCUUGACUGCCCCGGUGCUACUGAAAGAACCCUCAGCAUAGACUGCCCGAGUGACAUGAUCAACUGCGAUGCUACGCGAUGCAUCCUCAAGGAGAAGCGAUGCGACGGCAUCGCAGACUGCAACGACGGGUCGGACGAGGCAGAAUGUGACCAAUCAUGCGGCUCGGAUGACUUCCGUUGCGACAAUGGCAAGUGCAUCGCCGGCUACAAGCGCUGCGACCACGUCAUCGACUGCUCCAACCGGGAGGACGAGGCUAACUGCGACUGCGGUAAUGACGAGUUCCGUUGCAUAAGUGACGGGACAUGUAUCGAAAAACGCAAGGUUUGCGACGGCACCGCCCACUGUUCCGAUGGAUCCGACGAAGAGUCUUGUUCAAUGUCUGGAUACUUUAGGUGUCGGACAGGAAAGUUUAUUCCGGAAAGAUUACGGUGCAAUGGGCAAUACGAUUGUCCGAUAGGAGAUUACUCCGAUGAAAAGAAUUGCCCAUGUGGUGAAGGCGACUUCAAAUGUGAUAAUGGAUAUUGUAUACCUUCUUCUAAGCAUUGUGAUCGAACGAAUGACUGCCAGGACGGAUCGGAUGAACGCAACUGCGAAUAUGCUGACAAGACUUGCAUGGCUUCUGAGUAUGAAUGCUCGAGUGGAGAAUGUGUGCAACCAGACGCAAGAUGCAAUGGCACCACCGAAUGUCUAGACGGGUCGGACGAGUCACACUGUCCCUGUAAAAGGGACGAGUUCCGCUGUACCGACGGGUCAUGUAUAAACAUAGCACUCAGGUGCGACGGGAACAAACACUGCCGCCCACUUGGUGAGGACGAGAUUAACUGUGGCCCUCAAGCGUGCCCCGACAACAGCGUGAGCUGUGACACCGGGGGCUGCGGCGUCCGCUGCGACGGUAUUCGAGACUGCGAUGGCGGGGAGGACGAGGAACUCUGCACUGACGAAGGUUGCAACCAUUAUUGUGACGAUCAUUGUCUGGAUGAUAGCCUCAUCUGUAACGGGAACCCCGACUGCCGCGAUGGCUCCGACGAAGCCGAGUGCGAUAACUGUGACGGCCCCACUGACUUUAGAUGUCACAAUGGUGAGUGCAUCAAGGACUCGCUGCGUUGCAACAGCAUCCCGGAGUGCUCUGAUGGAUCGGAUGAAGAGAACUGCGCUAAUACCAUCAUACCUGUGCCAGAGGGUUGCAAUGCGAACCAAUACCAAUGUCGCAAUGGCUUGUGUAUCGACAAGCAAUUUGUAUGCGACGGCCAGCUAGACUGCACUGACAACUCCGAUGAACUAUCUUGCCCAUGCAGCGAAGACAACUGGGCGUGCAGAUCAGGCCAGUGCAUUCCUCGGUACUCGGUCUGCGACGGGAUCCCGGACUGCCCGGACCAAUCAGACGAAAGCGCGUGCGCGACUCCCGCCCCGGACUUUGGAUACCCGCAAUACCCCACCUCGACCACCCCUUCACCCGUCUACACCACCACCGGCUUCCCAAUCCGACCCCCAGCGCCUUACCCCGGAGCGUACCCCGACUCUGGGUAUAAUAGACCUGGGUACCCGGAAUCUGGGUAUCCUGGUGCUGGUUAUCCCGGUGCUGGGUAUCCGGGAAGUCGACCUGGAGAGGGAUCACGACCAGGCUCUGGAUCAAGGCCUGGACAAGGUGGAUCUGGCUAUCCCGACUCUGGCUUUUAUCCGGGAUCCGGGUCAAAUCCGGGCUCAGGUUCAAGUUCUUACCCGGGUGCUGGUGGAGCUGGAGCAGGAGAUGGAUGCAACAGGAACGAGUGGCGUUGCGAGAACGGUCCCUGCAUAAGCUCGGCAAGGAGAUGCGACGGUCACGUCGACUGUCCGUACGACGAUAGCGAUGAACUCGACUGUCCUCCAGAUAGUCCCGUGGCUUUAAAUCUGAAGACUUAUCCUAAGGAACAAACAGUGCGAUACGUCGGCGUAGGUGGCGAUGUGGUGUUCCAAUGCCGCGACGAGGGGCCACAGAGGGCGCCAGUGAGGUGGAUCAGGGAGGGAGGCAGGCCGCUCAAACCUGGAUCCACGGACAGGAAUGGGCGACUCGAGAUGUUCAGGGUUUCUGCAUCCGACAGUGGAACGUACGUUUGCCAAGCCACAAAAUUCUUAGGAUACCCUGGCUCAGAGUUGAAGGUAGUUCUCACAGUUGACACCAAAACAUCAACUCCAAGGCCACCUCCAUUCUUUGCGUGCAAACCAAACGAGGCUACCUGUGGCAAUGGACAGUGCAUUCCGAAGUCAGCCGUUUGUGAUGGCAAGAGGGAUUGUACUGAUGGAGCGGACGAAGAUGAGUGCCAACAAGGAGGUUUCUGUGAACCGAACCAAUACCAAUGCCGCAACCGGCGUUGUGUCCUCAAGACUUGGCUCUGCGAUUCCGAAGACGACUGCGGUGACGGUUCUGAUGAAGAGAACUGUGGGGUCUCCAACCCUGGCGAGGUCUGCUUGCCUAUUGAGUUCUCCUGCCGAACUGACAACCAGUGCAUCCCGAAGAGUUUCCACUGCGAUGGCCACAACGAUUGCUUCGACAACUCUGAUGAGCUUGGAUGUGCAAAGGUAUCGAUCAGGAAGCCGCCACUACCUCAAAAUGUUCGGCUUCAACCUGGUGACACGCUGACCCUCACUUGUGCGGCUGUCGGAGUUCCGACCCCUCUCAUCUCUUGGCGUCUUAACUGGGGCCAUGUGCCUACCAAGUGCCGAUCCACAAGCAUCGACGGGGUUGGCACGCUCACUUGUCCCAACAUUCAGCCUGAAGACAGCGGUGCGUACUCAUGUGAAGCAAUAAACAACAAAGGAACUGCUUUCGCUGCUCCCGACUCUAUCGUCUUUGUCAACAGAACUAGUGUGUGCCCCAGUGGUUAUUUCAACAGUGAAGCUAACUCGGCAAGAGAGUGUGUCCGUUGCUUCUGUUUCGGCGAGUCCACCCAGUGUAAGAGUGCUGAUCUCUUCACUUACAACAUGCCGACACCUUUGGGAGAAGGUGGAACCAGACUUACAGGAGUCAAGGCCAGCUCCAGUGGAGAAAUCAGUAUUGACUCGCAGCCCAUCACAGAAUUAUACUGGUACCAGCCUCUUCGCAAUGGAGCAGCUGUAACUAAAUUGGAAACAUAUGCUAGUAGCCAGGCUCAUCCCUACAUCACUCUACCGGAGUCUUACAACGGCAAUCAGUUAACAUCCUAUGGCGGUUACAUCAAGUACCGACUACAGCCUCACUCAAAGCGUUUUGGUUAUGAUGACAACGUUCCGGAUAUCAUUAUCAAGGGUAAACAUGAGACCAUUCUUCACUACCAUCCUCAACGGAACGAAAGGGACAGGAAUAUCAAUGCAAGAUUAGUCCCAACCAACUGGAUGAAGGCAGACCCUCGAAGCCGUAGCCUUGCCCCUGCCACCAGAGAAGAUAUAAUGAUGGCCUUGGACAAUGUAGAAACAAUCCUACUGCGAAGUGACUUAAAUGGAGCUGGAGCCAACAUCACCGACUUCACCAUGGAAUCUGCCCAGCUUAUCAAUGUUGGUCUUGGUGCCGCUACUUUAGUUGAGGAGUGCCAAUGUCCACCAGGAUAUGAAGGCCUGUCUUGUCAGAAAUGCGCCGCUGGUCACCAACGUCAAAGGUCUGGACCUUGGCUAGGAAACUGUGUCAAAGAAGAAAGGCCAUGUGAACCAGGCACUUAUGGAGACCCUCAAACAGGCUGCAGACCUUGCCCGUGCCCUCUUACCAACCGAGAAAACAACUUCGCCAGAACCUGUUCGCUUGGACCUAACGGAGUAGUCUGUGAUUGUAUGACCGGCUACGAGGGAGCCAAUUGCGAAGUAUGCUCCCCUGAUUACAUCGGCAAUCCGCUUAUACCUGGAGACUCGUGCAAACCUCGUCCAACUGACAACUGCAAUCCCGUCGGCACUCUCAGAUUCCGUCUGCCCGAUCAGUGCGAAUGUAAGGAAAACGUCAGGGGACAAUACUGUGACCAGUGCAAUGAGUUCUCUUUCUAUCUAUCCGAGGACUUCAGACAUGGAUGUGCCCAGUGCUUCUGUUCUGGCGUCACUCAAGAAUGUCGCAGCAGUGGUCUCCGCCGCAAGACCUCUACAGUUAUGUUCAACGUCCCGGACAUCGUCAGUCAAGUGAAGGUCUACAACAGCACUCCGGUUGGACCAGCUGGUUCACUGAGAUACAACGCGCCAGUUGAAACGGACUUGGUACCAAUAUUCACGAGGGGAGAAAUUGCUUUGGGCACCUUUGACAGAUCGCGUCCUACUAUUUACUACUGGAGUCUUCCAAUCAGCUUUGCUGGAGAUAAAGUGACAUCAUACGGAGGUUUCUUGAGAUACACGUUGCGCCAUGUUCCAUCCCCCGGCAGUCAGACAAGGAACAAUGCAGCUGAUGUUCAACUGAUAAGCGAUAACCGACUUACAUUCCACUACUUCGGACAUUUCACGCCUUCGAGCAAUGGAGUAAUAAACGGGACCGUUCAAUUCUUAGAAAAGGGAUGGCAAAGGUCUGAUGGAAAGGAAGUGCAGCGAGAAAGUCUGCUUUUGGCUUUGGCUGAUGUAAAGACUAUUUUGAUCAAGGCGACAUACACGGCCAACACUGAACUGGCCUCGUUGGUUAGCGCCAGUAUUGAUACUGCGGAGUACGGCGGCAAUGGACCCCAGGCCCUCCACGUUGAGGAGUGUGUCUGUCCUGCAGGCUACCUCGGAACUUCUUGUGAGGACUGUGCUCCUGGUUACACAAGGAGCCCCGGAGGUCUCUAUUUGGGCCUGUGCCGAACCUGCGAAUGCAAUGGACGAUCUGACAUGUGUGACCCUGAAUCUGGAGUGUGCUACGAUUGCGCGGACAACACUGACGGAGAUAACUGUGAGAACUGUAAACCAGGAUACGAAAGAGACCGUUACGACAAAUGCGUUCCCUCUUACCCCGAACCAAAUGUAAAUUGCAAUUGCGAUCCUCGCGGCACUGACCGACCAUGCGAACAAGGCCGGUGUAUCUGCAAGCAGAAUGUUGAGGGCGACUCCUGUGACCGAUGCAGGCCUGGUACCUUCGGAUUGGAUGCCAGCAACCCUGACGGAUGCAUCCCUUGCUACUGCUCUGGAGCCACCAAGGACUGUCAUGAGGGUGUCCACUACACCAGAGUCCCGAUGCCCGCUCCGAUAUUCGGUGAAAACUACGGCGGUUAUGCAAUCACGAACUUUGCCGCUGACAGCGUAGUGCAUAGCGAGUUCGUCCCGGCAGCCAAUGAGAGCGAGCUUAUGUACGUCUUCACCUACCCCCCGAACGAGGAGUUGUACUGGUCUUUGCCCGUCUUCCCAGGAAACCGAGUGCUAUCUUACGGUGGUAACUUAUCACUGACCCAGCGGUUCAACAGUGGCGGCUACGACGAAGAGUCGGAGCCUGGUAUAGACGUGGCUUUAGUCAGCGAUGACAUCACUAUUACUUGGUCCAACCCUAUCCGACUUCGCGAGGGUCAAAGCUUAUCUUACAAAGUACCGCUAACGGAAGACGGCUGGUACAUUUACAACACAGCAACACCUGCAAACCGAAACGAUUUCAUGAAUGUAUUGAAGAAUUUGAGGAGAGUUUUGGUGAAAGCAACUGUAACACGAAGCCCGAGACUGCAAUCCACCUCGAUAGCGGAUGUUUCGAUGGACACAGCCUUCGCUGAUCUGAAUGGGCCUCCCGUCAAAGGAGUUGAGGUUUGCAUGUGUCCCCCUGGUUUCACCGGGACCAGUUGUGAGAGCUGCACCUCAGGGUAUUACAAGGAUCUGAUGGGCACCUGCCGUCCCUGCAGUUGCAAUGGAAACGAUUGCCAACUGGGCCCAUACGGAAACGUAGUAUGCAACUGUCGCCCACCUUACACUGGACGUGACUGCUCUUCAGUCGGCUUAGUAAUGGAACUACAUCCGACUUUGGUGGACGAUGGAGACCUGGACACUCCGUUCCGUACAGUUGCCAUCUCGUGCAAGUACAGAGCUCCAGAGCCGUUGACAAUACAGUUCUAUUACGAGGGCCAGAAAAUAGAGCCUCCGAAGUACUACAAUGAGUCGAGAAUAGUGAAAGGCAGUUGGACGGCCGAGCACGAGUGGACGACGACAUGGGACAUGCGGCACCACGGGCACAUCGUGGAGUGUCACACGGUGAACCGCUAUGGGUCCACGCUCGGGAUGUUGACCAGCAGUCUACCGGAGCCAGCUGGAGCUUCAAGCACGGACGAUGGAACCACUAGGCCCCCACCACCUCAAAGCACUGUGACCGUCAGAAUUACUAGCCCUACCAUUAAGAUACAAGAUGUGGGUGGAAGUGUUAACUUCACUUGCCAAGCCCAAAGCAGAUACAGUAACGCACCGGUCCCAGUUACAUGGAAGAAGGCAGACGGCUACCUUCCUCUGGAUAGGACAUACAUUGACGAACAGGCUGGUCUACUGCGCAUCAGUAAUGUUCAAGUUUCUGACAGCGGAAGAUACAUCUGUUACGCUUAUGGUGGGAUAUCGAUGGAAGAGGCUUCCGUUACUUUAAGAGUUCCCGGUAACGACAUGACUUUGCCAACUGUGAACAUCAACCCUGCUUACAAUGAAUACUCAGAAGGAGACCGGAUUGAAUUGGAGUGUUUGGCGACUGGCAACCCGAUGCCAAGGAUAACAUGGCAACGAGCGAGCAACCGCGCGUUACCUUUGUAUUCUACCAUAAGCGAAUCACGAUUCAUUAUUGAAAGGGCUUUCGAAGAAGAUUCUGGCGAAUACAGAUGUAUAGCAACAAACCAAGCUGGGUCUAUGGACCGCACAGCAGUGAUCACAGUCAGGCCCCGACAGUCUAGGCCACAACGCGAGAAGCUCACCAUCAGCCCCUCUGCCGUCAACGUUGGCGAAGGCCAGAGCACCAGAGUCGUUUGUACCGGAUCUGCUAACAUCCCAUCAGGAUCCAUUGGAUGGACAAGGCAAGAUGGCGGCGAACUUACCCAGAACGUGCAAUCGGACAAUGGUGUUUUAUACAUAGACGGAGCCCGCGCUGAAAAUCAAGGCGUAUACAUUUGCCAGGCUUCUUCAUCCAACGUAGCACCAGUACCGGUGGUGGUGACCGUGAUACUGACGGGUACCCCACCCCCAUCUGAGAACCCGAACGUUACGGUCCUUGAAGACAGGAUCAAAAUACCAACUGGAGGAAACGUUGUAAUCAACUGCAUUCCUAGCGGUCAACCUCUACCGUUGAUUACAUGGAAAAAGCACGAGAGUAAAUUGGGUCCUGGAACGAGCCAGCGUGACAACACACUAGUGAUCAGCCAGGCCAGGGAAGAAGACCAGGGAUACUAUCUUUGCGAAGGAACUGUUGACAACGUACCUGUUGCCAACGUUUACGUAUUUGUCGAGAUUGAAAGACGUGAACCUCCUGUGGUGGAAAUCUGGCCUCAGGCUGAGCAAGCGGUACCUCUUGGUGCCCAGUUUGAAUUCCGCUGUCAAAUUAAGGGAGGCAUCCCUGAGCCUUACAUCACUUGGGACAGAAAUGGUGGCAGACAACUAUCACCACACGUUCAAAUUCAGCCGCAAAACGUUUUGAGCUUUGAAAAGGUCGAAGUAAACGAUGAAGGCGAAUACACUUGCACAGCACGAAACGACGCGGGUACAAGUAGUGCCAGCGCAGUCCUCAAAGUGCGCUCUCCACCCAAAAUUGUGAUCACUCCCAAGAACGAUCUGACUGUAGCAGACGGUGAUCAAUUCAACAUUGAAUGCCGCGCCAGUGGUUAUCCGGAACCUUUAGUCUCAAUAAGAAAAGACCCGCCAACUGUCCGCACGAUUGUUCCACCAACCCCGGGCAUUGCGGCUCUCCGUGUAGCGUCUGCUAGUAACAUUGACGACGGCUCUUACACAUGCGUAGCCACUUCAGCUGCUGGUACUUUGGAGGAAUCAUUCAUAGUCCGUGUCUUGAGAGGAGACGGUGCUUACGGUGGUGGUUACUUCCCCGAUGACGGUGGUAGCGGAGAAGAGCCAGACGUUGGAAUUGACACCGAUGAUGGACUGAGGACUGAAAAUUUAGUCGUCGCUGAUGGCCAAGACACAUCCAUAUAUUGUAAUGCAUCUGACGAUUCCGAAGUUCAAUGGAGCAGGGAAAGAGGCCAACCGUUGCAAAGCAAUGCUCGUCAAAACGGAAACGAACUUAGAAUUAUAGGAACGUCCAGAGACGACUCCGGUUAUUAUGAGUGCACAAUAACAAACCGUUACACCGGGGAACCUCAACAAAUGACGUACACCAUGCUUCAAGUGAUGAGAGCUCCAAGGAUUACUCUGAGACCCCCAACACAAACAGUCUACCCAGGACAAUCACCCACUGUAGAGUGCCAGGUGGACGGCGAUGAUAUUUUAGAAAUAUCUUGGAAACCAGUGAACAGACCGUUUUCGAGGCGCGUCGAAGCUCGUCAUUCAACUUUGAUCUUCCAUCAAAUAGAAGUUGAAGACGCGGGUCAGUAUGAGUGCUUCGCGAAGAACAGAAUCGCCAAUGUCACUGGAGUCGCCGAAGUUAAAGUUAACGAGGAGUUGAGUCGUCAGCCUGUGGAGUCCCAUGAUAAUGAGCAGUUCGCGCAUGUGGGAGCUGGAGUACACCUUAGCUGUAACGUGUCUGGGCGGGACCUUCGCACGCGAUGGACCAAGGAUGGACGCCCUCUGCCUCGCACCGUCCGACAGAAGCAAGACGGCUCACUGUUCAUCGGUCGUGCUCAGAAAUCUGAUAGUGGUCACUACGUCUGUGUCAUUCAAGAUCCGUACGGCAGACAAACCGUCAAUUACAUCAACCUUCACAUCGAGGGUAGAAAAUGCUUGAAAUGGGAGUUCCGUUGCUAUGAUGACUCUGAUUGUAUUGGCGAGCAUCUGCUUUGCGACGGAUUCAGCGACUGCGCCGAUUCUAGUGACGAAGGAAACUGCAUGUUGAGAGACAAACGACUGUCGCAAUCAAUCACCGAUCUAAACCAUAUAUUCGGCUCUGAAGAGGAGAUGGCACCACUGGUGGAGAUAGAGCAGCCUCGCCGCCAGUUCAGGGUCGGAGAGAACGUGGACGUGCUCUGCCGCAUGACCUCCAGGGACACAAGGAUCACGUGGGAGAGACUCGGCACCAACCAGUUCGUCGAAACUACGAGCUAUGGAGACGGAUCCAGGCUGCGCAUUGCCGGUGUCGAAGAGUCUGACGCCGGAGUGUACCGGUGCACCGGUCGUGACCUCUACAACCGCGUUUCUUCGGACGACUUCAACCUAGAAGUUAUUCCAGGUCAAAACCAGCCUUCGUACCCCGACAACGACCGUGACGAAGUCUACACAGCCAGGAUCAAGGACACAGUCAACCUGCCAUGCAAACACAACCUUGAACCACCAGUUUCUAUCGAAUGGAGAAAGGAAUACGUCCCACUUUCAUCGGGUGUUAGAAACAAUGAGCCAAACCUCCAUCUAGAGCGAGUGACAGAAUUGGACGCUGGCACAUACAUCUGCCGAGUGAGCAACAGCCAAGCGGCGGUUGAGGCGCGGGCCAUCCUUAGAGUGAUCGGCGUAGUGCCAAGCUUUGACGGAAGCGCCUGGCUGUCCCUUCCCAAGAUCAAGGAUGCCUACAGCCAAUUGGACAUUGAGCUCUCACUUAAACCUACUGGCGAUAUGAACGGUCUAGUGCUCUACAAUAGCGAGAAGCAAGGACGCACGGGAGACUUCAUAGCCCUACAGCUGGUAGACGGUGUCCCUCAAUUCAACAUGGAAACCGGAAAUGGGCCGAUAGUGGUACGAGGCGACCGCCCGCUCCAGCUCAACACGUGGCACACCAUCCGUAUCAACUCCAUUAACGGCAACAAAGUAACAAUGGACGUGGACAAUACGGGACCGUUUGUACAGGAAAGGAGUGACCUGUCUGUCCUUGAUCUAGACCAGCCUUUGUACAUCGGAGGCGUGCCUACCGAACAACAACUGCCAGAAUGGCUAGGCGGAGUGCCACCCUUCAUCGGAUGUGUGAGCAUGCUCAUACUCGGCCGUGAAGAAGUCAACAUGAUGAUGGACAAGAUCGACGACUACAACGUCAAGGAAUGCGAGACUUGCUCCCCGAACCUCUGCUACAACAACGGCGUCUGUCAGGAGGCCAGAAACGAGCACGGCUACACCUGCCUAUGUCCCGCCGGCUUCGCUGGUCAGGACUGCAGUCGCACCGGCGAAGCUUGCAGACCUGGUCUCUGUGGACCCGGCAAGUGUACUGACACCAACGACGGAUUCAAGUGCUCCUGCCCCGUCACUUACACGGGGAAACGAUGCGAGAUCCAGCAAUCGAUCGAAUACCCAGCGUUUACCGGCAACGCCUUCCUAGCGGUCCCAAUCAGCCGUCGAACCCGGUUCUUCAGGAUUGCCAUGAAGGUCAAGGCUUCGUCUUACCCCAUCGCUGAUGGCAUUAUCAUGUACUGCGCUGAAUCCCCAAGGGGCUAUGGAGCCUUCACAUCUCUGGCUGUAAGGAAUGGCAGACUUGAGUUCCGUUACGACCUCGGCGAUGGAUCAGGCCCGAUAGUGCUUACUAGCAGUGUACCGCUGCAAGUGAACAAGUGGUCAGACGUGAUCCUGUCGCGAGUGGCGAAGAUGAUCACUAUGGAAAUCAACAACAAAAUCACACAAGUGUCCGGCACGGUUACUUCACCAAGAAAUGAGCUGAUCCUGAACACUCCGCUGUACAUCGGAGGCUACGACGAGUCCAUCGUGCUCAACAACAACACCGGCGUGCGGGGCGGCUUCAGCGGGUGCAUCAAGGACGUCUCUGUGUUCAACAAGCCGAUCGACAUCGUGAACAAGGCGAUCAAGUCGGAAAACGUCCAGGAAUGCAACGUUCAGGACUACGAAACACACACCGACAGGGGUGACAUCCCAGAGAACGAGAUCAAGGAGACGACCUGCUUCCCAUCGCGUUGCCGCAACGGAGGUUUCUGCCGUUCAUCUGAUGCGUACGCCUGCACAUGCCAGCCAGGCUUCUCUGGGCAGUACUGCGAGCACCGAGCCUCUUACACGGCCCGCGACCCCUGCCGUCAGAACCCCUGCGUCAAUGGAGGCACUUGCCGACGCGACUUCGCUCGCGGAGGCCUCAACUACACCUGUGACUGCCCCUUAGGCUUUGCUGGCGCCAUCUGUCAGAUGAGUCUUCAACUGGUCCACAGCGUUGGUUUCCAAAGCGAUGGCUACAUGGAGUUACCCGGCAGUCUCCUCUACUAUGACAAGCUCGUAACAGAUCCAGCCAUCGUCGCCCUGGCCAUCCACACCACGUCUGAUGGAGUGCUUCUGUACCAGAGAGAGGUAGCGGCCAGGCCUGGCUACGGUGACUUCAUACUGCUCCGCGUUGAGAACGGAAAAGUGGUGUUCGAGUGGGACCUCGGCGGCGGCACUUCCAGGCUGGUUGUUGACGAGGUGUUGGUCACUGACGGGGAACGCCAUCAGAUCAUCGCUAAGCUGUCUGGCGACCGCUCGGCGUACUUGUCCGUGGACGAGCAACAACGGACCGGGGCCAGCACAGGAUUCAGCAACAUCAUGAGUGCUGACUCCAACAUCUACAUAGGUGGUAUACCGGACGACCUGAACGUGAGGAGGUACCCCGGGCUGAGUGGAUGCUUCGACCACGUUGAGCUGAUGAGCUCCGGACGCGGUCUGAACCUUGGAGAAGAAGCCGUCACCGCCAAGAAUGCAAGACUCUGCAGGAAUUAAAUUCGCGGCCAACCGGUAAAGAAGAAUUAUUACUACAUAAUUAUUAUAAUAAACCUAGUUAAUGUCAAUUUACACAAUAGUUUCUAUGUAGUUGUACCUACAUACGUACUUUAUCUAAAGCAUAUUUUCCUCAGAAAUUAUGUACUUUUUUCUGAUUCAAAGUCAAUUAUUUUAAGGCAUAGCUCGAAUUACAUACGAUACAGAUGGUUCUAUCUUGCUUGUUGAAUUGUAAUAAUGUUAUUGGUUUUGAGUCAGUUGUUGCAAAAAAUAUCGUAGAAAAGUUUAAAAGUUGAAUGUACUAUAGUAUAAAUAUAUUGAAACGAACGUUGUACUUUAGUAUUAAGAAAAACAUAUGAGACAAUACAGCUAGCCUAAGACUUACUUAUACCGAUAUAUAUGUUGUUUAUUAACCUGUCUUUUCUAUUUAAUAUUAUAAAUAUGUAAUUGUAUAUGGCGGAAUGAGGGUUGGCCUACAGUGGUGUAGGUCAGUUAGGGAUACAAGGAGUGAUCUUAUCUUUAGUUGUACGAAAUUAAAUAGCAACAAAAUAUCAACUUCAUCGUAUAUUAAUUUGCUUAGUUGCAUUUUUUUUAACAAAUGAUUGUAUAAUUAAUUCUAAAGGAACAUGACCUAUAUUUACUGUUGCUCGUUUUAUCUUAACUGCUACUUAAUUAUAUAUAUAUUUUUAAACAAAUUCAGGUUUGCUAGUGAUGAAUGAAUAACCAUGAUACUUAAAUAAGUACAAUUUGUAUUUACAAUGCAAGUUUACGUUAAUUUAUAAACUUAGUUAUUAUAAAAUACAUAUUUAUGGCUUGCAUUGAGACUUGCAUAAAAUUUUUGGGCAGCAAUGCAUCUCUUCCUAUAAGGGAGAUCAUCAUUUUAGGCAUUAUAAUAUUAUGUACUACGUUAUGUUAGGAUGUGUUACAUAUACUUUUGCUGUAAAUUAAAAGACAUUGAUUUAUGUGCCAAAUGAAAUAGUAUCAACACACAUAUAGGUAAAGCGACGAUAUUAAAACGGCUCACAGUCUCAAAUAAUUAUUACUUUACAUUCACUGCCAUAAUUUUAUUAUCUUUGCCAUUUAUUUUAGUUCAUAAAUGUUCCUUCCCUUUUUGUUUUACUUUUAAGACAAAUGCUAUAAUCUAGUUAUUUUGGAACGAAAUAGUUUUUACGUACCGAUAAUUUAGUGCUUAUAAAAUUAAUUAUUUGUGCCAUUUCGAAUAGUUAGUGAAAGCUCAUGUCAGCAUUUUUUUAAUAAUUGAUAAGUUAAGUCCUACCCUAACUUAACGAUGGUUCUUCGUACUCUUUAAGUGUUAACAUUAGUGUCAUAUUUACUUAUAAUAUGCAACGAGUUGAAAGCACUGAUCAUGAUGUGGUUUUAUCCACAUAUUUAUAUGUAGGUACUUUAAUUAUUGUAAUCUAUCUUACUAAACUUGCCUGUGACUUCAAUGUUUGUAUAAGAGAACAAAUAAAGCAACUAACAAAAAGGAAAAA